AAGGUAAGGAGAUGGAGGGACAGGGCAGCGUUUAUAAAGGCUGAGAAGGAGAACCCAGGGCUGACCCAGGACAUCAUCAUGAAGAUCCUGGAGAAGAAAAACGUGGAGGUCAACUUCAUUGAGUCACUACUGCGCAUGGCUGCAGGCGACGUGGAAGAGUUCAUGAUUGACAGGCCUGAGCAGGAGUUCCAGGACUUGAAUGACAAGGCCCGGGCACUCAAACACAUCCUCAGCAAGAUCCCAGAUGAAAUCAACGACAGAGUACGCUUCUUACAGACCAUCAAGUCAGUACACAUACAUACAUAUACACAUACAAGCUUGUAGACCUCCCAGUACACCGUCAGUGACGUGAUUCACACUUCUCAAGCACACGUUCUCCAAAAACACAUUCAUUCUCUUGUUUCC